AUGAAAUUCUUGAUUAGUAUAUUUUAUUUUUUAUUUUUUAUUUCAAUUUUAAAUAUUAAAUUAAUAAAGUGUGAUAAUGGCUAUAUGUUUGUUUUAAAACUUUAUGCCAAUCAAAAUUGUACAGGUGAAUCAAUUGAAUUUUUAGCAGUUUAUGAAAAAAUAGUUUAUAGUGAAAUUGUUGAUAUAUUAUUUGAAUGUAAUGGUGAUGAUUUAAAUUCAAUCACAUGUAAUUAUACCAAUAACUAUAAAAAUCCAGACCCAUUAAAAGCAAGAAAAUUAUUUAAAACAAAAGUUGGUAUCUGUAGUGAUAAUUUCAUUUUAGAUUAUAUUAAAAUUGAAAAUUUUGAUUAUGAUGAAUCAAAUCAUUGUGUUUUAUCAGAGUAUAGCACGUCAACUUGUGAAUAUAAACCAAUUUUUCAUUUUGGAAUUUUAAAAAAAACAUGUGUUUAUAGGUGGUUAUUAGAUUGUUCAGCACUUGGAUAUAAUAUUAAACAUUGUAAUAAUUUUGAUGGUACAUAUUAUGAUAAUCCUUACAAUUAUACAAUCGAUGAUGAAAAUAAUGAAACUUUCAAUGCAUAUGUUUGUAAAAAUAAAAUUCAAAAUUAUUCAUCAACUUCAAGAGGUUACAUUGUUCAUGCUUCAGUAAUUGAUGGUUAUGAUGAUCAUGAUAAAAAUAGGAUUAUAGGACUUGGUCCAAAAUCACCAAUUCAUUUCCCAACUUCAUUUGGAAAUACAAAUAAAAUACAAAAUUAUUAUUUUAUAAUUUUAAUUAUUUGUAUAUCAAUAAUUUUAAUCUAA